ACACGUGUUAUUCACUUCCGGAGAGUUUUUAAAUUCUGCUGCGUAAUAUCUGGAUUUCUGUUAUUCUGUAAUUAUACAUGAAAUCGAAAUAACGAUGACAGAACAGCCAUACGGAAACAAACCCCUCUUUCGUAAUCUAGACGCAGACGAAGUGGGUGACCAAGAAGUGUCAGAAAUUGAAAGUUUGUGUAUGAACUGUGAACAACAGGGUACUACCAAGUUGUUGCUGACAAAGAUUCCGUUAUAUAAAGAUGUUGUCAUUAUGUCAUUUGAAUGUCCUCAUUGUCACUAUAGCAACAAUGAAUUGCAGCCAGCUGGAAAGAUACAAAACAAAGGAUGUAAUUAUGUUUUCAGGAUUACAAAUAUCAAGGAUAUGAAUCGAAUGGUUAUAAAAUCUGACUCUGCUUGUGUAACUAUUCCAGAGUUGGAUUUUGAAAUUCCAUCCACUUCACAAAAAGGUACUGUAACAACAGUUGAAGGUACGUUACAUAGAGCUAUUGCAGGCCUGGAACAAGAACAGCCAAUAAGAAAGGCUUUGGAUCCAGAAACUGCUGAAAAAAUAGAAAUAUUUAUUGACAAAAUGAAGAAAUUAAAAAAUGUUGAGAACCCAUUUACAUUUAUACUUGAUGAUCCUAGUGGUAAUAGUUAUAUUGAAAAUCUUUUUGCUCCCACAAAAGAUGUUGCCAUGACAAUCACUCAUUAUGAAAGGUCAGACGAACAAAACCAAAUGUUAGGAUUGUUUAAUGAGACGAACGAAAAUGAGGAGGAAUCCAGGCCGAUGACUUUGGGUGGAGAUGAAGAGGAUGAUAACGUAAAAGAAGAGGUGAUGAUUUUCCAGACAAACUGUACGGAGUGCAAUAGUCCGACUAAAACUAAUAUGAAAGUUGUUCCUAUUCCAAACUUCAAAGAAGUGGUUAUCAUGGCAACCGUCUGUGAUAAAUGUGGAUACAAGACAUCUGAAGUAAAAUCUGGAUCUGGAAUUGAAGAAAAAGGGAAAAAAAUAAGUCUUAAAAUAACUGACAUAUCUGACAUGAGCAGAGAUUUACUGAAGUCGGAUACAUGUAUGGUAUCAAUUCCUGAGCUGGAGAUGGAAACGAUGAUGGGUACGCUGGGUUCAAAAUUUACAACGAUAGAAGGAUUGUUAGAAGAUAUCAAAACACAGUUAAAAACUGAUAAUCCAUUGGUGGUCGGUGAUAGUGUGGGGAGUGAGAAUAAACAAAAAAUGGAGAUAUUUUUGAACAAACUUGAUAAAGUGAUUGGUUGUGAAUUACCUGCAACUAUUAUAUUGGAUGAUCCAGCAGGCAACAGUUAUCUUCAGAAUAUCUAUGCUCCAGAAGAUGACCCAAAUAUGACAGUAGAGGAGUACGAACGAAAUGAUGAACAGAAUGAUGAACUGGGAAUUAAAGACAUGAAAACAGAAAACUAUGAGAAUAAAGAAUAGCCUCUAACUUCUCAUCAUUUCACUAAAUUAAUAAUAUGCUCUUAUCCUUCAUGAAA